UUAACAAGAAGCUGAAGAUCUGCUUCGUGUAGGAACUCAGGGACUCUCUGGAUUGUACAUAGAAUUUAUUUACUGGUUUCAUCCGUUUGACACUGUGGGAAUCAAGAUCUAGAGCAUUUUACUUGCAAAAUAACAGCUUUGCUAAAUUUGAACUGUGUGUGAAGAAGAAAGGUGAUAUACUUGAGAUAUCCUGCAGCUGAGUAGUGACAAAGGCUAUCAAGGUGGGAAGAACAACUCAGGAAAGGAUUUCCCUUGGUUUGUUUCCCUUCGAGAAGAGAAGAACCCAGGAACACCGAUGAUCUAAGAAAUACGAACACUGAUACUUGAUUCAUUUCGUGAUCCUGCCUUUCUGCCUAGCUGCAUCUUGGUGACGCUCUCCAUUCUUUCACAUUUGAGAACAUUUUUCUUUGUAUGUGGAGCUGAGACCUGGGAAUGCGUUAUUAUGGCAGCAGUUGUACAGCAGAAUGAGCUUGUGUUUGAAUUUGCCAGCAACGUCAUGGAGGAUGAGCAGCAGCUUGGUGAUCCAUCUAUUUUCCCUGCUGUCAUCGUGGAGCAUGUUCCUAGCGCAGACCUCCUACACAACUACUCUGGCUUAACCUGUGUGGACGAACCCAGUGACAUGAUCACUGAGAGCUCUCUGGACGUCGCAGAAGAGCAAAUCAUAGAAGAUGAUGAUAUCACCCUCACAGUUGAAGCAUCUUGUCAUAAUGGAGAUGAAACAAUGGAAACAAUUGAGGCUGCCGAAGCACUUCUCAAUAUGGACUCCCCUGGUCCUAUGUUGGAUGAAAAAAGAAUAACAACUAUGUUUGGCGCAACUGAAGAUGAUGAUAUGGUGGCUCCUAUUACACACGUGUCAGUCACGCUUGAUGGGAUCCCCGAGGUGGUGGAAGUUCACCAAGCCCCAGACCCUUACGCUGAAUCACCAGAGACUCCAGAAUUUGAACAACCAAAGAAGAAAAAAGGGAAGAAGCCGAAACCGUCUCGUCCUGAAUCCCCUACUACAACUCCAAACAUAUCUGUGAAAAAGAAAAACAAAGAUGGAAAGGGAAAUACAAUUUAUCUCUGGGAGUUCUUACUAGCACUGCUCCAGGACAAAGCUACGUGUCCUAAAUAUAUCAAAUGGACUCAAAGAGAGAAGGGCAUUUUCAAACUGGUAGAUUCCAAGGCUGUGUCCAGGUUGUGGGGAAAACACAAAAACAAACCUGACAUGAAUUACGAAACAAUGGGUAGAGCUCUCAGAUACUAUUACCAAAGAGGAAUACUAGCUAAAGUAGAAGGUCAGCGCCUAGUAUAUCAAUUUAAAGAAAUGCCAAAAGAUCUCGUCUAUAUAGAUGAUGAAGAUGCGAGCCCUAGCACUGAAUCAUCAGAUUCAACUCUGCUCUCAACUCCUGUGGCCAAUAGAAACCAGCCGAGCAGAUCUAGAGCGUCUGCAAACGCGGGAACAAAGGGAGGAUCAACCACAGUGCUAAAAACAGGAAACUCGAAGCCUGCAAAGCUGAAGGAGCAUGUAGAAGUUGUACAGCAGCAGACACCUGGCUUGACUUCAGAAGUUUUGAGGACAAUGCAGUCUCCGCAGCCAGUACAUCCUACUCAGCUUUUUCGGACAGUUCACGUAAUGCAGCCAUUGCAGUCCCUCACAGAAGGACAUGCAGCUGUAACCAGUAACGUUCCGGAUGAAACGUUAAAUCCCUCGGUUCAGAAUAUAAGGACUUUACAGACUCCAACCCAAGUUCCAGUGGUUGUUUCUCCUGGAAACCAGCAGCUGCAUACUGUAACACUCCAGACGGUGCCUCUUACUACAGUGAUAGCCAGCACAGAUCCAGCCUCAGCAACAACGCCCCAAAAAUUCAUUUUACAAGCCAUUCCUACUUCACAGCCCAUGACGGUUCUGAAAGAAAACGUUAUGCUACAGUCUCAGAAGCCAGUCUCGCCUCCUUCCUCAAUUGUGCUGAGCCCAGCACAAACAGUCAACAUGGCGUCGUCUCCAUCCUUCAGUGCCACUACCCCCGUGGUAACGUUUUCACCUAGCAGCUCACAGGUGGUAGCUCAUCCAUCGGGCACGGUGAUCACUUCGGUUAUUAAAGCACCAGAAACGAAACAGCUUGGCGUAAAAGAAGAAGACAGUGACAAAUUAGAUGAUACUGAGCAGUCGGAGCAGAGAUUCCAGCAGCAACCGUUUGUGAUGGUAGUGUCCAGUUCGAAUGGUUUCCCAUCUAACGUGCAAGUGAAGCAAGAAAAUGAGCCAUUGGAACCCAAUUCAUAUUAAUAAAUAAAUUAAAAAAAGACCCUGUGGAUGAUUGUUUUCAUAAAUGUGAUGGGACCCUUUCAGUUAUGUAUAUAUGAUUUGAUUCUGAAGCAAGAUGUUGCAAAGCUACUUAAUUUCUGCAGUUGUUAGAAUUCAUGCUUUAGAAUGGAUUUUGAUUUUCUGUUAAUUGCUAAAUGUUAUCAUAUAAAUAAAAUUCUAUAUUACUCAUGUUUCAAAAUACAGGCAUGAAGGAACAUGCUUUUUAUGCUAUGAAGACUUUCUCCUGAGGUUGUUGGCCUCAAACUUCUUUCUUACUGUACGUUUUCAGUCUGUUGCCGAUUUACAUUGCAGUACCGUUAUUGUAACCUUUUCUGUUUAAUCUGUACGUGUAUCACUUAACUUUGGAAGCAACAGUUACUUUUAGUGUGGGACAUUUUCAUUCCAUGUGUAUGACUUUUUAUGAUCAAGUAUCUGAAUUACACCAGUUUUAGACUUGGAUAACCAGGUAUCCUCUUGCGUUUUUUGCAGCACAAGCUCUUGUGUGUGCAAAAUGGAAUAUACACUCCUGUUGAGAGUACACGAAACAUUUAUUCCAGUAAUGGACAAUGCCAUGUCUGUAUUUUAUAUGAAAACAUCAGAUAUAUUUAAUUACAGAAGCUAACGGCAUCACUACAGGUGCAAACGUUUCAUGCCAUUUUGCAACUAUGAAGCUUAACAAUCUUGCUUUCUACUUCAGAUUAUUUUGUAAGGGGGGAGGGAAAUGAAAUAUAUACAAUUUAUGCAGGUAUUUGGAGAUUAAUACUGCUAAGAGUUCUUUUUUUUUUGAUUGUAAAUAAUGUACAUUCAAUGUCACAAGGAAGUUUUUUCAGCUAAUUUGUUUCCAUACAAAUUUUUGAUAGAUGCAAAUAAGAUCAUUAUGUUUAGAGGUCUAAUGUUAUAUGUAUUCAUAUUACAGAGUGAAUUUGUAUUUAAAGACAAAUUUUUAAAUGAUGGAGCCCUCUGAACCUUGGGUCCUUGUCUUUUGUAUUUUUAAUUGGUUUAUUAUGAAAAUAAAUCAAGUGGAAAAACA